AUGGUGGCAGACGGUGAAUUGUCAGAGUAUAGUGUCUCGAGUGAUGCAGAGACUGAGAAAAUGGGUGAUGAAAAGACUAAAGAAUUGGACGGGUCGAGACCACAUAUUUCAGAGUUAGUGAAGGAAGGGAAACGUAGUUUAGAAGAUACAGAUGUUCUUGAAGACAACAAGAGAGUGAAAUUAGAGACUGAACCCCACGAGGAUGAUGACAAUGAAGCAGGUGAUGAGGGAGAAGAUGAAGAAGAGGAAGAUGCAGAGAUACCGACAGUGGAACCAAUGAAGCAAGAGGUUGAGGAAGAAGAAGAUGAAGAGGAAGAAGUGGAAGAAGAUGAAGAUGAGAUCGCAGAAGAUGAAGAAGAAGUAGACAAGACCUUGGAGCAUAAGGACGAUGAAAUCAUAGAGCCAAUGUCUUCGAUGCCAUCACCUUUCGAAGUGGAAUCACGUAGAAUGGAUGCAUUGAAGGAGAUUACACAGAUUGAGUAUAAGUUUGCUCAAUUGCGCCAGCAAUUGUACGAGAACAAACUAUUAAGAUUACAAGCGGAGUUGCAAAUGUGCCUGGAAGGCUCACAUCCCGAAUUACAAACCUACUAUCAAAAAAUUGCAUCUGUACGUGACUACAAGCUUCGUCGUGCGUACCAAAGACAAAAGUACGAACUCAAUUGCAUUGAUACCGAGACUCGUGCAACCCGUACCUUUAUCCAUCAGGAUUUUUACCGUAAAGUAAGUGAUACAAGAAAUAAUCUCUUAAAAGAAACUACUCAAAGAUGGUACGAUAUCAAUAAAGAAAGACGUGAUAUGGAUAUCUGCGUACCUGAGGUCAGCUACCACGUUCCAAUAAAGAUUGCAGGAAAGACUUUAAGUUGUAUCACUGGUUACGCCGGUCCAGCACAACAGAGGUACCCCGGUGAGCCCCUAAGCGAAGAUCUAGAGUGCGAAAAUAUAACGUUCCACUAUAGAUCAAAUGCAGUGGACAAGCUAGAAGUAAUUGUGGACCGAAUGAGACUGAACAAUGAGUUAAGUGAUCUAGAAGGCCUGAAAAAAUACUUCAACGCUUUCCCCAGUGCACCAAACCUCAAUGGUCUACGAGACUCCGAAAUAUACGAUGAUUUACAAGAUUUAACUUUAUAA